CAGAAAAUAUGGUGAGAGGCUUAGAUGAAGAUGAGACGCAUUUCCUUGAUGAGGUUUCUCGGCAGCAAGAGCUACUAGAAAAGCAACGAAGAGAAGAAGAGCUGAAAGAACUAAACGAAUACAGAAGCACUCUCACCAAAGUGGGAGUCAGUAUGGACCCAAAGAAGGAAACUGAGAAGAAACUGGCCAUGAAGUCCGUGGAAAACAAGAACAAAUUCUCUCAGGCAAAGCUGUUGGCAGGAGCUGUGAAACACAGAAGUUCAGAUGGUGGCAACAGUGUGAAGAGGUUGAAACUAGAUACUGAUCAUGAUGAAAAGAAUCAAGAAAAACCAUCCUGUGUUCCCUUGGGGAGCAGCUCAGUGGGAGGCUCCACAGUCCACUGUCCCUCAGCAGCUGUGUGCAUCGGGAUCCUGCCUGGCCUGGGCGCCUACUCUGGAAGCAGCGAUUCGGAGUCCAGCUCGGAUAGCGAAGGCACCAUUAAUUCCACUGGAAAGAUCGUCUCUUCUGUCUUUCGUAGCAACAGUUUCUUUGAUGGUCCAUAAUAAAAUCCCUCCAUGUGUAAUGUAGUGCAGAGUAUCCUCCAAAGCCCUGAUGGAUGCUUGAUGCAUCCUUCUGCCCCAGAUAUAAUCUUUCUAGCUAACCUCUCGACUUUAAUACACUCAGAUACUCCUAAAAUAACUCGUAUCUCCUGCCCAUCCCCCCCCCCUUUCCAUUGCUGGGGUGCACGCUGAGCCUGGAAGGAAGGCUGCCAUCCAGAAGGCGCAUCUAGUAAUGUAAUGAAAGUCUGAGGGCAGGGAGGAGAGAGCUUUGUCUUUUAAAAUUCUUACAGAAAGAAAGAAUUAUGCUGAUCCGAGAAGUUUGUACGAGACUAACAGGCAAAAAAAUACUCACUUGAAACAGUGAAGUCUUGUAGAAACAGCCAUGUGUUCUGUUUUAAAAUGUCAUUUUUAUUCUGUAUUUGAGAAAUGGGGGCAGAACAAAAAUCAAGCAGAUGGUGAAGUGUAGAUUGCCAUGACACUGUAAAGAAGUUUUAGUGUUACAUGAUUAAAGACAUUCUGAA